CAUAUUCUGCACAUUCUUGCACCAACAAGGCAACAACCCCACGCCCCAUCCGAAGAAAUUCCGAAGCUUUCCUCGGUCGUUCUCAGAAAGAAGGGAUCAAGAACAGAGGUCGACACGAGGAGGAUGGGUUUCGUAGGAGAAACCUUGGACUCCCUCAAGCGCACGCAGCUCAGAGAUGCUCUGUCUCAGGCCAUCAGUCUUGGCAUGAUAGUGACAUCAGCCUUGAUGAUAUGGAAGGGCUUGAUAUACUUUACUGGUAGUGAAUCGCCUGUUGUUGUGGUGCUCUCUGAAAGCAUGGAACCUGGCUUCAAAAGAGGUGACAUUUUAUUCUUGCAUAUGAACAAGGAUCCUAUUCGGACAGGAGAGAUUGUUGUCUUCAAUAUAGACGGACGUGAUAUUCCAAUUGUGCAUCGAGUUAUUGAAGUUCAUGAGCAUGGUGGCACUGGUGAAGUUGACAUUCUAACAAAAGGUGACAAUAACGAUAUAGAUGAUAGGAUCAUGUAUGCGCAGGGCCAACAUUGGUUGCAGCAGCAGCACAUCAUAGGGAGAGCCGUUGGGCACUUACCAUACGUUGGGUAUCUGACAAUUAUCAUGACCGAGAAGCCUAUUAUCAAGUACAUAUUGAUAGGUGCAUUGGGCUUGUUUGUCCUAACCUCAACGGAGUAGGAUGCGCAAGCUUCUGGUUCUACGGACCACUUCUACCUAAAAGCCAAAAGGAGGGUUCGCGCUGCAGGCAAAGGACAAGAGUCUCAACUCUCAACUAGCCUUGAUUAUUGUCACAAAACAAGUCACAAUGCGAAAAUAUACGAGGGUCCGUCUCGCUUUGUCAAGAUGGAAUGUUGUUUCGUUGUGAUGAGACAUAUCUUUAUUGAACGAAUAUCAUGGUAUAAAAAUGUGCCAUCACAGUGCAUGCGUCUGGUUUACCCUUCUCAGAA